AUGGCCCGCGGUGAACAGCCCGCCUGCAAGUUCCGCGGAGCGGGAUUCAAGAAUGAGACUGAGGGCGUGGUCCUUCCCGUCGACCAUGACCACCGCGACGCGAAUAAUGGGAAUGGGAGUGGCAAUGGGGAUGCGAUGCGCCAACGGAUCGACCACUUGGAGCAUCUGGUCAAGAAGCUCAUGGCCGAGCGCCAGCAGGGGCAUGUGUCGAUGUCGGCGUCGUCGCCUAGCACCAAUGUCAAUGGCGCCUGUACGCCGACUCCCAACCCCAACCCCGCGGUGGGACUGGGACGGGCCCAGUAUCCGUACGCUGUGGCGGUGGCAUCCGAUGCUCAGGAUGCGCCGAAGACGGCAAUGGAUGUGGAUGGGGGCCACUCGGUCUAUCGCAGUGAGGACGAUUUCGAUGCUCUGCUGCAAGAGAUCAACGAGCUCAAACGAACCUGGAGUCAAGGGCAGGGCCAGGAUGACCAGGGUGCUUCCCACUCCCACUUCCAGUUCCGUCCCAACAUCUCCCAUACAGUUGAUGGCACGAGCCUGCUCUUCAGCCAGGUCAAGCCGAUCGAACGGGUAGAGAUGCUCUCGACACUGCCGCCCAAGCCCGAGGUUGAUCGGCUGGUGGCCCAGUUCUUUGACAGGGAUACCUUCCCCCUUAGCAUCCCUCCAAUCCUCCAUCAGCCGACGUUCAUGCACGAGUACAACGAACAUUGGAAAGAUCCGUCGCGCACCAACCUGAUCUGGCUGGGCCUCCUGUUCUCCAUUCUCGGCAUUACCAUGCUCGCGUACCACCAGCACGGCGAGGCCCGUGGGUACGAAGGCCUCUCCGAGUGGCUGUUCCAGCUGUACCGCACGCGGACGGCACAGUGUCUGCUGAGCGGCGACAUGGCCAAGUGUCUCCCCUACACGGUCGAGACGUUGCGCUUCAACGCGACCGCGGAGCUGAAUCGAAAGGACGACAACCGCCGCGGCCUGUGGAUCAUGACCGGCGUCGUGGUGCGCGCCGCCAUCAACAUGGGCUACCACCGCGACCCGGACACGUCACCGUCACCGUCCCCCGGUGUCUCGUUCUCGGUGCUGCAGGCAGAAUACCGACGCCGCAUCUGGCUGUCCGUGGUCAGCAUGGACGACAUGGCCUCGUUUCUCGCCGGCUGCCCGCGCACCAUGUCGGCCGUUGCCUCAGAUACCAAGGAGCCGCGCAACCUGUAUGACUGGGAGCUGUCGGAGGAAUCUACCGUGCUGCCCCCGUCGCGACCGCUCACCCAGCCGACCCCGACCACGUAUCUGAUUGUCAAGGCCCGGCUGUUCCAGGCGCUGGGUCGCGUGGCCGACUUCAGCAGCAGCCCGACUUUGGCUUCGUACGAGACCGUGCUCGAGAUCGACCGGGCCUUGCAUGACGCGUAUCAGAGCAUUCCUCCACACAUGCGGGUGGCACAGGCCCCCGGUGAGGACGAGCAUGGGCACGAGGGCGGAGACCACGACAACAGUGCUGCUGGCCAGCCCAAAGCCAAAGUCAAAGCCACUUUCUCCAACCUCAGUCUGCUCGGCAUGUACCACAAGGGCAUGUGUACGCUGCACCGGCAGUUCCUGGCCCGGGCAAGAGUCGACGCUCGCUUCAGGGUUUCCAGGCAGCGAUGUCUCUCAUCUGCCUUGGGAAUGCUGGCCCUCCAAACCGCCCUGGAGCCCGCCUUUUACGCAAUCUGCCACACCCGGCAAAUCCUCACUCUCGCCGCCAUGAUACUGCUGCUGGAGCUGGAAUUGAGACGCAAGGCCCCCGAAUUGGAUGCCGACGCCGACGCCGACGCCUCAUCUCCGGAGAGCCGUCUUCUCUUGCAGACUCUGGAGCACUCGUGUGCCUGCUGGGCCGAAAUUGUGAGUGCCGGUGCCGGAGAUGAGGCAGCUAGGGUCCAUCACUUCCUGGUCGGCAUGCUCUCGGGCUUUCAGACUAGAGGUAAACCACCUAGAUCUGGCAGUAGUGACACCAACACCAACACUGGCAGUAGCAAUGGCUUGCACCCCAACACAGACACUCCAUCGUCCCAGACAGUAUCGGCCGCAACUGCAACACCGGCGGAGAUGGAGAUUUCAGCAUCCAGUCCCAAGUUUUGGUUUGAUGCACCUUACGGUUCCGGGGGAUUCUCGUUCGAGACGGAGUUGUCGUCUAUGGAUCUGGAUUUUGAUUGGGCGACAUGGGACGCCUUCAUGGAGGAGGCUGGGGACGAGACCGGCCCUAUAUACUGA